UUCGUUUUUUUUCACCCUCGGAGAAAAAAAAGUUUCUCUCAUCCCGAAACGUUUGAUCGUGUGGUGUGGUGUACACCUGCACCCACCCUCUCCACUGGGGAUCCUGAUCAACGUGACUGUUUGAUAAGUAAAAUCAGCAGAAUGGCUUCACGCAAGAAGGGGAAAAAAGCGAAGAUGCAGACUGUCGCAUUGACAGAGUUUCUCGCUAGCAAUGGAGGUGCACCCACUAUUCCACUCAAGUCUACCAGUUGGGCUGAUGAUGUCGAGGAUGAGCAUGACGGUUAUCACUCACGCAGUAGCAAGGAGCCAAUCGUGCUUCCAACUGCUCCCAGAGCCGCUCGUGGCCCAGGGUGUGACGAUGAGAACAUACCUACGAGUCCACCCUUCGUAGCUUACGUCUCAAAUCUGCCUUACGACGUCAUCGAGGACGACCUUGCUGACUUCUUCGCUGAGAUGCAGGUGACGAACGUUCGUCUCCCCAAGGACUCCACGAAGCCCCGUGGCUACGGCUACGUGGAGUUCGACGACCGUGCCUCCCUGAUCGAGGCCCUGAACCUCUCCAACACGAUGAUAAAAACGAGACGCGUCAGAAUCGAGGUCUCCAACUCAAGUAACGACGAUCGUCGCGGGGGGAGAAUGGGAAUGGGGAGGGACAAUCGUCGCGACGGGUACGACGAUCCUGAGCGCACCUCUGGGGACUGGCGCAGCACACCCAGGGAGCAGCCCUCAGGGGGUGAGGACCGCUUUCGCUCUCGAGGAUUUGAUAACAGGGACGACAGGGAGGGGAGGAGCGACAGUGAUAACAAGCCUGGGGGGUGGAGGGAGGGAGAUCGCAGUACCUCGGCUUUCGGGGAGAGGAGAACCUUCAGAGAUGAUAAUCGAGGUGAACGCAGGGGGUUCGGGGAUGGAGAACGCAAGGGAUUUGGGGAUGGGGAACGCAGGGGAUUUGGGGAUGGGGAACGCAGGGGAUUUGGGGAUGGGGAACGCAGGGGGUUCGGUGAUGGAGAACGCAGGGGAUUUGGGGAUGGAGAACGCAGGGGAUUUGGGGAUGGGGAACGCAGGGGGUACGGCGGCGACAGGGAGGAGAAGGAACGUGACUGGUCGAGGGAGACCAACACUGGUGGACUCACUUCGUUCCCACCACGACGCAAUGAUCGAGAACGAUUUCCAGAACGUGACGAGGCACCAGCUAGUGAGCCACGUACACGACCUACUCUGAAUCUUCUCCCGCGCACUAAACCAAUCGAGACUAUCGUCAAAGAGGAGAAAUUUGCACCUCUACCGAAGGCUGAAGUCGUUGAUAAACCAGAGCCCAAACCAGCUACUAAUAUCUUUGGAGCUGCUAAACCAGUAGACACCACUGCUAGGGAACGUGAGAUUGAGGAACGUCUCGCCAAGAGCCAAGCAGAGAAGCCUAAAUCAGAGGAAGGGGAAUCCAAGCCGCAAGCUUGGACAAGACGCAAUGGGGAUGGACGUUCUGAACGCGAGAAAGAUAAACCCCGACCAACGUGGCGUUCAGAUGAAGAUAGAGCAGACAGAGGUAGGCACAUCGACAAACGCCAAGGUCCUCGGUCUCAAUUGUCUGGUCGUUCUGAGAGAGAUCAUCGCGGGGACUCCAGGGGCCCACCGACCUCGCGAACUGGGGGAACAAGUGCAAGACCUGCUGGAAGAUACAAUGAUUCUCGUGGACCACCAGAAAAGGACCGCAGAGACAGAGAAAAAGAGCGCGAACGUGAAGACAGAGAGGAGCCACCAAUGCCAAAGGCUUCAGAUGAGCAAGCUCCAAACUUUGUUGCUUCCAACAAAUUCUCCAUGCUGAAUGAGGACGUGGACACAGACGCAGCCGACGACUAGUCGACGAAAGCCCCCAGAAACAACAAGAAAAUGAUGAAAUUCUGUGCCACCAUCAAUGAUUAUUCGUCUAAAAACUACCCCAAUUAAUGAUUCCCCUUGCUUUCCCCGCAUAAUUGCAUGAUUCGAUGAUUCUCUCCCCCUCGACUCGCAAUUAUCCGCCUAAAAUCAUAUUUCUUUUCCUGUUCUCCUAUUGAUAAUCCCCAAUUUGUAUUUAAUGAAGGAAGGAAAAAAACAUUUUACAACUUUGAUUGAUAAAUCGUUCUGUACCGCUUUAUUUGUAUCCACGAUCGACAGUCGAUCCUCAUUUGCUGAUUCAUGAUUAAGGAAUAAAAAGAGAUGAUCAACGUAGUGGAGAAUCGAGAAUUUGGGACAAUUUUUAUUAUUAAUUUUGCGAAUAUCUGGAGUAAUUCAGUAGAAGAAGGAAAUAUGAGUUUGUUAAUUAGCGAAUUAUCUUGCUAAUGAGUCAUUUUACGAGAAAAUGUCAGAGGAACUUCUUGCGAAGAAUCAAAAUCUCUGCAAAAAAGGUCUAAAUGUAUUUUUCCCUCAAACCCUUCCUCUCGAAGAUAUUCGCGAAAUAGUGAAAAUGCAUUCCCUCUUUUCAGUUCUCUACUACUGAAUUAUUGGAUAGAUUAAAUAAUAUUGAGGCGUUGCAAUGUCCAACAACAAUUCCGGGUGAAACAACUAAAGUUUAUACUCAUCCGAUGUACAGUGGCUCUGAAGAAAUAAUUGUACAAUAAUGUGACUCGUGUUAACUGUAAUAUAACGAAAUACCCGAUUAUCUGUCGUGAACAAAAAAACUCGAGGAGAAUCUGGGGAAAUGGCAUUUCCAGAUUUUCCAGAGUUUGCAAUUGAUUAACUGAUUAUUUUGAGAGAACUCUUUUUUUAUUUCUUCUAGGGAACAAGUAUUUGUUCUCGUGAGUAACAGAACGAGUAAAUAUAUGGUAUAUAAAGGCUCUACAUGUUUUCAAAUAUUCAUAAUAUACGAGUUUUUAAAAAUGA